CUCGCUUAUCUUGGGCCGCUGAAUGCGUGCCACAUCCAAAUCCAACCGUCAGCAUCUUGAUUGUGUACCUAGGUAUCAGCUCUCAGUGAUCAAACCUCACGAUGGAAACAAUCACAGCACCACCGACGCUACCAGCGAGCUGGAAACCGACCGGUACCGCUUGCCUCACCUCUGAUGACUACUGGAUAAUAUGGGAUUACGGUCAAGAUGACAGUCAAUUGGUGCUCGGGGGCCCAUCGCAGACGACAGACUGUCUGCCGACGCCCUGGGCGGUCGACGUUGUAUUUAACGGAGAGGACUGCCCCCAAGGAUAUACUUCGGCGUGUAAGGGUGCAGAUUCCCGUGGCGAGGUCACCUGCUGCCCCAGCCUCCACAGUUAUAAAUUCACAUGCCGUUCUCAGAUUCCAUUCACGAAUCACGAGUCCCAGUACCCUUGUCUAUCCCAUUGGUGGACGUUCACAACGGUAAAUGUAUCGCGUACACGAUUUGACGGGAACCCGCCCAGCCAAGAGGCAGCAACUAAAAGUACACAAAACGUCCUGCGCGCUAUGGCGGUGAAGUACACAACUUCGAAGUUCCUUCACGAUGCCGGCGCUACCGCCCAGGCUACCGCUCAGACUCCGGUGUCACCAGUGGCCCCAGCAACAAUCACACUAACAGCUCCCGUUCAGAGCUCUGCGGAAACCUCCGCAGAGUCUGGGCUCAGCGCAGGUGCUUCGGCUGGAAUCGGCGUCGGCGCUGCGGCGGGUACUGCUCUCUUGUUGUUCGUUCUGUGGUACAUGUACCGCUUAAGAAGGUCUCACAAGAAACCCACUGGGCAGGAUGCCGAUUGCUUUCAGAGCUUUCACGAAAGAUUAGCAAAGCAUCCAAUGGACACCCCAGAGAAUGCAACACAAGUUUGGGUUGAAAUGCCAGCAAACAGCUCGGCACGCCGGGAGCUACCUUCCUCGGAGGUAGGACAUUGGAAAUAAACGCAGAUUCUUAAUUGGUCUCGUGGAUGGAUUGAUUAAUGGGGAGGGUGUUAAAGAAAUUGUGAUUGGAUUUGCCGGCUUCGAUCUGGUGAUCAAUUGUAAUAAUAGAUAUUCUACGCCGGUCGACAGCGUCUAGAGAAUCCCGGGAUAUUUAUAUAAUAUGGGAGACUAGACACCUCUAUCGCUUAGGCGUCACAUAAUAAGACUGCUAUUUCCUUGA